AUGGCAUCAUCUAGUAGUUUUGAACCGUCAUUCGGAAUUGACAUGCCACCGGAUUCCCGAUCCGAAGCUGAAUCGAACUUGAACAGGGUUGCUAAUAGUGCUAGUGAUACUCUCCCGAAUCGUAUUGACAGUAUCAUCAACUCACUUGCGGUCGAUUUGGACUUCAAGAAUUUGAUGAAGGAAUACUUUACCGACUUCGAAAUGACUUUGAAGUUCUGUAUUGCCCUUAAUGAUUGCCUCGAACAUGCUCCACACAAUCACGGAAUUAUUGAGUCAGCGCUUAAAUGUUAUGAUGAAGAGGACAAAUUAGAAGUCGGGACCGUCGAGAAGAAUUCCGUUGAGGCCUUGGAGGAACUGACGAGGUUCAAAGCAGCUGAAAAGCUUUUCGUUAAGGAGUUCCUUGUACUGAAAAGAAUGGCCCAUAGGCGGUACGAAUCGAUGCAAGGGAAGGUGCGUGCUCGGAAAAAAACGCUCGAAAAGAAGGUGGAAUCAACGGCAACACGGAAGCGGCUGUCAAAGGCCUUAUUUGUUGCCACUUUUAUUUUAUUGGUGGUUUUUUCCGUGGUGGAGCUAAUCAUAUCCGCAAAGACUGUCAUAACAGCCUUGGCAGGUGUGUUGACGUCUGCUAUAGUUACGGUGGAAACAUGGUGCAGCAAAUGUUGGAAGCGGAACAAGGAAAAGAUAAAGAUGAAGAAGAAGUUAACGGUUAUAAUGGAGAUCUAUGGUUCUAGUGCAACCACCAUAUGGAUGCUUGUUCAACAAUUGGAAAUUAAGAAAACGUCACUGUUGCACUCCGUUGAUUGCGUGGUCAGAGAAGGAUAUACUUUGAAGGUUGGGAUGGAUGAUAUCAACGAAAAAUUGAAACUUGUUACGCCUAUAGUCACAGAUUUGCUUCGAGAGACCGAUGAAUGUAGCUAUAAAUUUAGGACGGAUUGGGAAGAGAUUCAGCGGCAGAUGAUGCUCAUGCUCUAG